AUGAAUUCGUCGCGGCAAAACGGCGCGCAUAUCCAGCCAUCAUCCACAAUGGACGAAUGCGAGUCAAGUGACACAGACAAAGGCAUGCUCUUGCAUUAUGCCGCCCCCGCAUCUUCGUGGUCUGAGGCUCUUCCUAUUGGUAACGGGCGGCUGGGAGCUAUGGUAUACGGGCGAACGUCGACCGAGCUGCUGCAACUCAAUGAGGACUCUGUUUGGUAUGGCGGCCCGCAGGACAGAACACCACGCGAUGCGCACCAGAACCUAGCUGCUCUGAGGCAACUGAUCAGAGAUGAGAAGCACAAAGAGGCAGAAGAUCUUGUUAAAGAGGCCUUCUUUGCUACGCCAUCGAGCAUGAGACACUAUGAGCCAUUGGGCCACUGCAAGAUUGAGUUUGAUCACGAAGAGAGUAAGGUGACCGAUUACACACGAUGUCUCGACUUGAGCACUUCUCAAGCCACAACCAGUUAUAAAUGCAACGGUAUAUCUUAUCGUCGCGAUAUACUUGCCAGCUUUCCUGACAGUGUACUUGCCAUCCAAGUCCAAGCAUCCGAAAAGAGCCGUUUCAUUUUACGUUUGAACCGACAGAGCGAGAAUGAGGGAGAGACAAACGAGUACCUAGACGGCAUCUUCGCGCAAGACUCACGGAUUAUUCUCAACGCAACACCUGGUGGCGCAAACAGCAAUCGCUUAUCUCUCGCCCUUGGAGUUUCCUGCGAACCUAGCGAUGGGACUGUCAAGGCGGUUGGAAAUUGCCUGAUUGUUGAUGCGACAAAAUGUGUUAUUGCCAUCGGGGCGCAUACCACGUUCAGAAAAGAGGACCCCGAAAGAUCGGCUCUUCUGAAUGUUGAUGAUGCUCUUCGGAGGCCUUGGGAAACUCUCGUACGCCGCCAUCGGUGCGACUACACCAACCUUUUUGGCCGCAUGUCCCUUCGGUUAUUCCCUGACGCGAACCAUCUGCCAACAAACAAGAGAAUCGUCAGCAACAGAGACCCGGGUCUGGUGGCACUUUAUCACAACUAUGGACGGUAUCUGCUUAUUUCGUCAAGUCGAAACUCCGAAAAAGCUCUGCCGGCAACAUUACAAGGAAUAUGGAACCCAUCGUUUUCACCGCCGUGGGGAUCUAAAUUCACCAUCAACAUCAACCUCCAAAUGAACUACUGGCCAGCCAUCCCAUGCAGUCUCAUCCAGUGUGCUAUACCACUCAUCAGCCUGCUCGAACGCAUGGCGGAAAGAGGCAAGAGAACAGCCAAGAUGAUGUACAACUGCAAGGGAUGGUGCGCCCAUCACAACACUGACAUAUGGGCUGAUACAGACCCUCAGGAUCGGUGGAUGCCUGCUACUAUCUGGCCACUCGGAGGAGCUUGGCUGUGUACUGAUGUUGUCAGGAUGCUCAUAUAUCAGUACGAGCCCACGCUACACUGUCGCAUCGCUCCAAUCCUCGAGGGCUGCGUCCAGUUCCUUCUUGACUUUCUAAUACCAUCUGCUUGCGGCAGAUACUUGGUAACCAAUCCAUCUUUGUCCCCAGAAAACAGCUUUGUGUCUCAGUCAGGAGAGACAGGAAUCUUCUGUGAAGGGUCUGUGAUUGAUAUGACAAUUGUACGCAUUGCGUUUCAGAGUUUUCUUUGGAGCACCAGUAUCCUUGACCCAGAUCAUCCCCGGAGAAACGAUGUCGUCGCAGUCCUCGAUAAACUACCGCCCAUAUCGCUGAACAAAGAUGGACUCAUACAAGAAUGGGGGCUGAAGAACCACAAAGAAGCUGAGCCAGGACACCGACAUGUGUCGCAUCUCUUUGGACUAUACCCCGACGACUCUAUCAGCAUGGACUCGUCGCCGCUCCUGAUCAAGGCCGCGAAGAGGGUUCUUGCAAGGAGAGCAGAGCACGGAGGAGGUCAUACAGGCUGGAGCAGGGCAUGGCUACUGAACCUCCACGCUCGUCUCCGAGACUCAGAAGGUUGUGAAAACCAUAUGGAUCUGUUGUUGAAAACAUCAACAUUGCCAAACAUGUUAGAUAAUCAUCCUCCAUUCCAGAUUGACGGAAACUUUGGGGGAUGUGCUGGGAUCUUGGAAUGCCUGGUCCAAUCUACGCUAAGGUCUGAGCCGUCAAGACAGGUCGUCGUGAUACAUCUGCUUCCGAGCUUACCGUCGUCUUGGGCUGAUGGGAAGUUGACUCAUGUCAGGGCCAUUGGAGGUUGGCUUGUUUCUCUCGAGUGGAGGUCAGGCAUGCUUGUAAAGCCGCUGCAGGUGGAAGCCACUGUGAUUCAGGCUCCAGACGCUCUCGUUGUGUUUCCUAACGAGGACAAGGUUUAUGUGUCAAGUAGGAAAGCUGGUCCACAAAACAUAUGGCAUAAAUAA